AUGACCACAGGCCCGCGACCACUCGAACAGUUACCCGUGGAACUUUGGGCAAUGGUUAUCGACCAUCAUAGAGACGAUUCCCGGACGCUCAAGAGAUGCAUUCGCGUAUGUCGCCACUGGGUGCCGUUUGCACGCAAACACUUGUUCUUUGGCGUUGUCAUCAAGGAGAAACAAAUACUGGACGCGUUCACACACCUCAAUGAGCAGCGCCCCGCCUUCGUACGCUACGUCCGACGCCUCACAAUGGUGAGGGCAGCGUUCACCCCCCAUUUCGGCCACCUUUGGUUGGCAGUCCUCGCACAUUUCGACAAGGUCGCAGUGCUGAUCGCGAGGAGGUGGCCGAACGUUCACAUGACAGAACGCACUAGGCUGGAGCUCCGACAUCACUUUCCCGCCGUCAAGGUGCUAAGGUUCGAAGACCUUAAUAUGGCAGGAGUGGACUUACUAGCCCUUGCACGAGCAUGUCCGCAGCUGGCCGAAAUCCACCUCAAAUCCGUCUGCUUAAAUAUGGAGCCUAAUCAGAUACCUGCGCCCCCGCAUAUCGCCCAUCCUACUACGCAGGAUGAACACCCACAUGUAGCCGAGGGGCAUAUCACCGUGCUCUCGAUGUCAGCAGUACCACAGCAGACGGGGCGCCUGGUCUUUGAGAAUGCCUUGCACACUCAUCUCACACACCUUCAAAUUGGACGGCCGGAUGGGCAGAGCUUGCCCGCAUAUACGCUACGACUUCUGAGGGCCACUAAAGAAACGCUUGUGGAGUUGGUAUUGGCGAUAUCCGGUACAGCUACGAGUGACCUGAAUGGACUGCCUGCGACGUUCCCGUGGCCGAGCGGGGAACAUGUUUUCCUUCGUCGCCUGAAGAGGAUUCAUAUCAAGACCGCUUUGCUCGAGAGCCAGGCGCCCGACGCUUGGAGCCGAGUGACACCAGUGACAUGGGUCACUCACUUACUAGAACGAAUGUUCGAGGCCGGCCGCCCAGCGACUUUAGAGUGUAUCACCAUUAGCCUCCGGACCGUCGAUAUCUGCGACACAGCGGGGCAUUUCUCUUUGCAGGGAUUGAAUGGAUUUCUAACAGAGCUUGUUGGCCGCCCCAUACCGUCCAUCGUCCUCAACAUAUGUGACAGCGUCGAAAAGAAGAGGUGGACGGUCUCAAUCCUCGGUCCCAUACUGCGUCACAUGCCAAUACUCAUGCGUUGGGAAGCGAGCGUUGUAAUCAAAUACGGGCAAAGAUGGGAUGCCCAUGCGGCUUUUGGUGGUUGCCUGGUGGGAAACGUCAAACAACAUCAGCUGGAGCAUUCACAGUCACUACGAGUAGAUAGACGUCCUGUACAUAUCUUUAUGGUGUAA